AAUCGAACAAAGAAGAUGCUGCCGUGGCAUGAACAUGGGUCAAAAAAAUAGUGGUGGAGUUAAAACAGUUAGUCAACCAAUAAUACCAUGGGAGUUACAAACGGAUUUUGUCAAACCAGCGCGCAUCGAUAUUUUACUUGAUAUGCCACCAGCGUCUCGAGAACUACAAAUAAAGCAUUCAUGGAACUAUGAAGACAGGUCGCUAAAUAUUUUUGUAAAGCAAGACGACAAGUUGUCAUUUCAUAGGCACCCAGUCGUUCAAAGUACUGAUUGUAUACGUGGAAAAGUCGGACUUACAAAAGGAUUGCAUAUUUGGGAAACCUAUUGGCCAAAAAGGCAAAAAGGAACACACGCUGUUGUUGGUGUAUCCACUGCAGAUGCGCCAUUACAUUCAGUUGGAUACCAAAGCUUAGUCGGAUCAACUGAACAAAGUUGAGACUGGGACUUGUGAAGAAAUAAAUUGUAUUAUGACUCAAAAAACUGUGCUGGUGUCACAUAUCCAGCAAUAUUAAAAAACGACGAAGCUUUUUUAGUUACAGACAAAUUCUUAGUAGCUUUAGAUAUGGACGAAGGAACACUAGGCUUCAUUGUUGAUCAGCAGUAUCUUAAUAUUACGUUUAGAGGGUUGCGAGGAAAAAAACUAUAUCCAGUUGUUUCGGGGGUUUGGGGUCACUGCGAAAUAACAAUGCGCUAUGUUGGUGGAUUAGAUCGUAAGUACAAAACGAAAAUUAUAUUAAAACCACAUUUAACCAGUUUCCAAAAUGGUAACUAUUCUACACCCCUAUAAAAUAACGUUUCUUUU